AUGAUGAAUAACAUUCAGAAUUUGAAAAGAGUAAGAUUUUACGAGAGACCAUAUAUCGUAAAUAACAAUCUCUUUAAGAUGAUUCUUAAUUUUUUUUAAUUAGAAAAGAUUUAAAAUCGUUCACAUAAUUAAAAGACAUUAUAGACAAUAGCAUUAUAAUUGAUAGGAGAUGAAUUUCAAGACCUCUAUGUAGAUUUAUGGAUGACUUAAAAAUAGUUAAUUAAAAUGACUAAGGUGCAUAGAUAGGAUAUUAAUGCAUAGUCAAUUUAUGAUAUUAUAGAUGCAGAAUUUAAAGCAAAAAGAUUAAGUGAAUCUAUUACUGUUUAUAAAGCAGAAAUAAAUAAAAAAACUAAAUAAAUUUUAGUAUUUUAAGCUGAUAUUUUAAGGGAAAUUUGA